CUGCCCAAGCUAAGGCUUCUUUCUAUACAUCCAGAAACCAAAAAAUCUGAGUCCCAAACACUUGCAGCGGCAUUGUAAUGGCCUUCCAUCUCUUCAACAUCCCUAAACAAUUCUCUCUAACUCAAAAUGUGCCUAGACAUCCCCUUCAUGGAACUUGUAUGAAACAGCGGAUCAAAUGUUUAGCAGGGAAUCAAGAUCUCUCUCAAACAAUUGAGAGACGGUCGGCCAAUUACCAGCCAGCGGCUUGGAGCUACGAUUUGUUGGAGUCCUUGAAGAAAGAUAAUAGGGAGGAAAUAUUUGAUGGGGGAGUGGAGACGCUGGAGAAAAUGUACGAGGACAGGGCGAAGAAGUUGGAGGAAGAAGUGAAGUGUAGGAUGUAUGAUGAUAACAUUGAGCCAUUGGCACUUCUGGAACUGGUUGAUGACAUCCAGAAUUUAGGCUUGGGUUACCGUUUUGAGAAGGAUAUAAAGAGAUCCCUCCAAAGAAGAAUAUUGGAAGUUUCUAAUGUGACAUUUGAGAAAAGUCUCCAUGCUGCUGCCCUCAGCUUCAGGAUCCUCAGACAACAUGGCUAUGAAGUCUCUCAAGAUGUGUUCAAGAGUUUCAUGGAUCAGAACGGCAAUUUUCAGGCAGAGCUUUGCAAAGAUGUGAAGGGAAUGCUGAGUCUCUAUGAAGCUUCAUAUCAUGCCUUUGAAGAAGAAAACCUCCUGCAAGAGGCUAAGGCAUUCACCAGAACACAUCUCAAAAACCUUGACGCAAACAUUGACAAAAGCCUCCAAGAAUUAGUGAAUCAUGCCAGGGAGCUUCCAUCGCACCAUAGAAUGCUAAGAUUAGAGGCGAGAUGGCGUAUUGAAGAAUACAAGGGAAGGGAAGGCGCAGAUGAUGUGUUACUUGAGCUUGCUAUACUAGACUUCAACAUGGUGCAAUCAAGUCUCCAACGGGAACUUGAAGACAUGUCAAGGUGGUGGAGACGUAUGGGCAUAGCAAACAAGUUGCAGUUUGCAAGGGACAGGCUGAUGGAAUCCUUCUUUUGGGCUGUGGGGAUGGUCUUCGAACCUGAAUACAGUAAUUGUCGGAAAGGGCUGACAAAAGUGGCUGCACUGAUAACUACACUGGAUGACAUCUAUGAUAUCUAUGGCUCAUUAGAUGAGCUAGAGCAAUUUACAGAUGCUGUUGAGAGGUGGGAUAUCAAUAUGAUGAAUAACCUUCCAGACUACAUGAAAUUAUUCUUCCUAGCACUCUACAACACCACCAAUGAAAUGGCUUAUGAUUGUCUCAAGGAACAAGGAGAGAACAUCCUGCCUUAUCUCAGAAAAGCGUGGGCUGUUUUAUGCAAAGUCUUCUUACAAGAAGCAAAAUGGUUUAAUACGAAAUGCACACCGUCCUUUGAGGAGUAUCUAGACAACGGAUGGCGAUCAGCAUCAGGACUUGUUCUACUAGUUCAUGCCUAUUUCCUAAUGAGCAAGAACAUCACAAAGGAGGCUCUGGAGGGCUUAGAGAAAGAGCACGACUUCUUGCGUUGUCCCAACAUUAUUUUUCGACUUAGCAAUGAUUUGGCUUCCUGGAAAGCGGAGAUAGAGGGAGGUGAAAGCGCAAAGUCAAUCUCUUGUUACAUGAAUCAAACGGGUCUUUCUGAGGAUCGUGCUCGUGAACACAUGAAUAAUUUAAUUGAUGAAAGCUGGAAGAAGAUGAACAAAGUUCGAGCAGUGGAUUCCAGUUCUCCUUUUGAAAAACCUUUUGUAGAAACGGCUAUUAAUCUUGCUCGAAUUGCGCAGUGCACAUACCAGUAUGGAGAUUCGCAUAGUGCCCCAGAUGAUAGAUCAAAGAAGCGAGUCUUGUCAGUGAUAAUUGAACCAAUUCCAUUAAUGGAGAGAUAAGGACAACUUGUGAAAAUAUGUGUAUAGAUAUGCGUAUAUAUGCAUGUAUAAAAUAAUGAUGAUUUUCUCCUUUUGUUUUCAA